AUGGUUAAACGGGUGGUCAACCUCGGCAACAGUCGAGGAGCUCGUUCACUGAAUUUCUUACAGCAAACACAAUUAGAACGACAGAAAAGAGAGAGAGAAAGAGCUCGUGAACAUGCAGCCAUUGUGCUUCAAUCAGCCACUAGAAGACAUCUUGAUUUAACGCAAGCAGCUAAAGAGAUCUACGAUACUUGGAUACGGACAGAGGAGUUCCGAGAUCAGAAUGAAUGGAAUGAAUGGCUCGUGGAGUUUGGGUUCCUCUCUACUAAAAGAACCAUUGAUGACUAUGAAUUGGUGGCCAAAUUAGAAGCAGAGAUAGACCGGAACAAUCAGCAUCUUCAGAUUGAUAGACGACAUAUUUACAUCGUGAUCCGUGGAUUGAGUUGUAUCCUACUGAGAGACAGCUCGAGUCAUAUUGCUCUCAAAAUGAUCCUGAGAAUGGUCCAUUCAUGUGGUGAUAAUGAUAAUGGCAUUGUCAGAUUUCCUCGAGGCACAAUCAAGAAUGUACUUGGUGCUUUACUGGAGUCCAAUAGUAAGUUGGUUUUGGACAUUGUGUUCCACGUAAAUGUUCGAGAAGGCUCUGAGGGGUUUAUGGAGUUCAUGGCAGACGAAGAUCAAUGGAGUCUAGAACCCAAUACAGACUACCAACGAAUAAUUAAUGCUAAUGCCAUUGAGUUUGUUCGAGUGUCAGACACAGACCCAAAAAGACUUAUCAGCACUGUAUCCAAUAUAAUAACUGUGUUCGGAGACUCCAGCUCUUGGACUGAAGAGGACUAUGCUACUUUGUUUCCGUUAUUGGCCAAGAUGGAUUUCCAGGUUGCACUUUCGCAUGAAGACGAAGACGAAGACAAAGACGAAGAUGAUGAUAUUGACGAUGAGGAUAAAUUGAACUUGGAUUAUCAAGAAGAGUCGACAUCCUCCAAAGAAGAGUGUUUGGAGGUCGAUGCUAAAAUAAUGAACAAUAUCUAUAAACUAUAUGCUCCACAUAUAGUACAAUAUGUUGUGUCUUGCUUUAGAACCAAUAAUGAAUCCACCACCAUGUAUUUAAAUGUCCUUGUUUGCUUGCUUAAAUUGGUUCCACAGUUUAAAGAUAGAAUAGGAAUGUUCAUAACUUUGGUCCCGGGUUUCCACAAGAAAAUGCUAAACAUACUCCAAGACUCACAGUUAUACACUGCUAUAACUGAUGAUUCACGAGAUAUUAUCCCAAUAGAGUAUUCCGAAGACGAUGCUAGUGGCUUUUGGAACUCAGUGUAUGUUUUCCAUGAGUCAUAUUCCUAUUGGUUGUUGGUAUCGAAUGAUUUUGAAAGUUUCAAUGAAGAUAAACUCACAAGGGAGGACAUUGUGCCAUACCUAAAGUUUCUCAAACGGCUAUGUAUUUCCUUAGUCUUGAACUUGUGUCCCGAAAGGCUACGGUGUUUGAAAGAGAUAUCCAUAGUGCUUUUAAAUCAGCUAUACCAAAAGAAUUCCAGGUUAAAGCUUAUUCCAGACAAUGAAAACUUCUGGAGACUUGAUUCCAACCAGAUCAAUGUUGCUGCUAUUGUUCAACUUAUUCAACAGGAAGAGAAACUGCAAAUAGAUGAAGAUGCGGAUAACUCCUUAGAGAAGCAAUCCCAUAAGUAUAGAAGGUUUUCCACACUUUCUAAGUUGAAAGGAUCAACAUCUCAUUCUACUGCCAGAUUGGAACUUUUGCGCAAGCUCCCCUUCUUGGUUCCCUUCAUGGAUAGAGUCAAGAUAUUCAAACGGCUUUCAACAAAGGAAGGUACAGAAGAUUUCUUCAUUCCUGAAUCAAGAUUGUCGGGUGACAUACGUCGUGCUAAUGUAUUGGAAGAUGCUUAUACGCAUUUUCAUAAGGCUGGAAGUUUACUUAAGGCUAAAAUAUCCGUUACUUUUCAUAAUGAAUUUGGAGUGGAAGCUGGAAUCGAUGGAGGUGGGCUUACAAAAGAGUUUUUAACUGCAGUUAUAGCUGAUGGGUUUUCCAAGACCACGUAUUUUAAAACAACACCUGAACAUACAGUUUAUCCCAAUGAAGACAUCUACUAUAGGCUUAGUAAGAAUAUGGACGUGGAAGAAAGUCACGAACAGUUGAAGAUGAUUAAGUUCUUGGGAAACAUUAUUGGGAAAUGCUUUUAUGAAAAUGUACUUGUGGAUAUUGCAUUUGCACCAUUCUUUCUAAGUAAAAUUGGGUACUCUCAAAAGAACUCCAUUAAUGAUCUUUACUAUUAUGAUCGGGAAUAUUUUGAAAACUUGAUUAAAUUAUCAAAACUACCUACCAAAGAGAUUGAAGAUCUCGAUUUAUACUUCACCAUCAACGUCAAAGUGAAUGAUAGAGAUUUGAACUACGAAUUGAUACCAGAUGGAGCCAAUACUAAGGUGAACUCGGCUAAUGUUCUCAAUUACAUUCACCAAAUAGCUAAUUUCAAGUUGAAUCAAUCACUAUACAUUCAAACCAAAUAUUUUGUUGAAGGACUAUCGAAAUUAAUUAAUAUCGAUCGACUUGCAAUGUUUAGUCCAUCAGAGUUGCAAAUGCUUAUAUCCGGCGGAGAUAACCCCGAUGUUGACUUGAGGGACUGGAAACUGCACGUUUCCUAUGGAGGCUACCUUGAAGAUGACUUAACAAUACAAUUAUUCUGGGACGUUGUGGAGAAUGAGUUUACUGCCAAACAAAGAUGUGAGCUUUUAAAGUUUGUAACUUCGGUAAGCCGUGCACCUUUACUAGGAUUUGGAUCCUUAUCUCCGAUGUUUGGCAUUCGAAACAGCGGUCGAGAAGUUGAUCGACUUCCAACAGCUUCAACCUGCGUCAAUUUACUAAAACUUCCGGAUUACCAAGACAGAGCCACGUUGAAGAGGAAACUACUCUAUGUGAUUGAAAGUGAAUCUGGUUUUGAUCUUUCUUAA